GGCGGCGGCAGCGGCGGCGGCGGCUGGAGCGGUCCAAGAGGAGGAGAAGGAUGGGGGCUGCGGCGUGGGCGCGGCGGAGAUGAGCGCUCGCGGCCCCGGGCCCAGGGCGGCGCGGCCGGAGUGGGCGGGGGUCCCGAUGCAGGCCCGAGGAGGGCCAUGGGGCAGGUCCUGCCGGUCUUCGCCCACUGCAAAGAAGCUCCGUCUACAGCCUCCUCUACCCCUGAUUCCACCGAGGGAGGAAACGACGACUCGGAUUUCCGGGAGCUGCACACAGCCCGGGAAUUCUCGGAGGACGACGAAGAGGAGACGACAUCGCAGGACUGGGGCACCCCUCGGGAGCUGACCUUCUCCUACAUCGCCUUCGACGGCGCGGUGGGCUCCGGGGGCCGUCGGGACUCGGCUGCACGUCGCCCGCGUCCCCAGGGCCGCUCCGUCUCAGAGCCGCGAGACCCGCCCCCUCAGCCUGGCCUGGGCGACAGCUUGGAGAGCAUCCCCAGCCUGAGCCAAUCCCCGGAGCCCGGACGCCGCGGAGCCCUCGACGCCGCCCCUCCUGCUGAGCACCCCCUGGAGGAUCUGCGGCUCCGUCUGGACCAGCUGGGCUGGUCGGCGGGGGGAGGAGCGGGAUCCGUGGAGGACUCUGCCACCAGCAGCUCCACCCCGCUGGAAGACGAGGAGCCCGACGGAACCGAGGCGGGAGAGUCUGCGGAAGAACUGGAUCUACAAAUCCGUCUGGCUCAGUCCUGUCUGCCCGAGGUCUUGACUUCCCAGUCCAGCCCGGGCCCUGGGACCCCCCAGGCCGGCACCCCAUCCCCAUCCCGAUCUCGGGAUUCGAACUCUUGGCCUGAUGAGCCCCUGCUGGACCAGAAGGAAGAAGAACCGUGGGGGCAGCUGGAGCGGGAGCCAAUCAAGGGGCAGUGCCUCGUUAGCACGGACCAAUCAGGAUUCAUAUUGGAACCACACCUAGUGGCGGACCUGCUAUAUUGGAAGGACACGAGGACGUCAGGAGUGGUCUUCACGGGUCUCAUGGUCUCCCUCCUCUGCCUCCUGCACUUUAGCAUUGUGUCUGUGGCCGCCCACGUGGCCCUUUUGCUGCUCUGCGGCACCAUCUCUCUCAGGGUUUACCGCAAAGUGCUGCAGGCCGUGCACCGGGGGGACGGCACCAACCCCUUCCAAGCCUACCUGGAUGUGGACCUGACCCUGACCCGGGAGCAGACCGAACGUCUGUCCCAGCAAAUUGCCUCCUGCGUGGUCUCUGCGGCCACGCAGCUGCGGCAUUUCUUCCUGGUCGAAGACCUCGUGGACUCCCUCAAGCUGGCCUUCCUCUUCUACAUCUUGACCUUCGUGGGCGCCGUCUUCAAUGGUUUGACUCUGCUCAUUCUGGGAGUGAUCAGCCUAUUCACUGUCCCUCUGCUGUACCGGCAGCACCAGGCCCAGAUCGACCAGUAUGUGGGGUUGGUGACGAAUCAGUUGAGCCACAUCAAAGCUAAGAUUCGAGCUAAGAUCCCAGGGGCAGGAGCCCUUGCCUCCGCUGCAGCAGCAGUCUCCGGAUCCAAAGCCAAAGCUGAAUGAGAGGCUGUGUCUGCCCACCGGCCGCUUGCCCCACCCUCAGCAGCCCUCAGCGCCCCCUCCCCCAGCCCCCUCCGGUCCCCACUCUGUCCGCCCCAGGCCCCAGCCAUUUCCCGGUGGGUGUCAGGAUCCCUCACUCCAGGGAGUUUGCGCGGAUUCCCUGAGCAGACCGGACUACGUUUCCCAAGAGGCUCUGCUCUAGGAGUCCAGGAAAGGCGAGGUAUCUUGGCCGCGAGGCCUGCUGGGACUCGUAGUUCCCUAGACAGGGCACCCGUCCUGCACUUCCGCGACCUCGCCGCUGGAGGCGCCGUGAGGGGUUGGUGUCUCCUGGACGCCGCGGGGGCUCCAGGCGCCGGGGCUUUGCAUGGUGCCCAGAGGAGGCUGAGCUUUGAUCUACACUGUAAUAAAGACUCCUGUGGAAAACCGAA